CUUUCGGCCCGAAUGCGAAUUUCUGUUAUUGAUAUUGUAAAAUGCGUUACAGUAACUUAAACAGUGGCCUUUUAUAACUAUAAAUGUCCUCUUAAUGGCUGCUUGAUUAAUCAAACUUCCCGUUGUUAUCGUUAGUUGGCAGUUUAACAUUGAACAGAAAAAUGGCUUAUCGCAUUGUCCGUGCUUACGAAUCAGUUGCGAAAGCUGCACAACGCCUUCACGCAUCUAAUCACGGACUAGAACUACCGAAACGGAAUUUCGUCAGUACAGUGAAUGAGAAUCUGCUGAAAACACAAGUUCCCUUAAUUUCCACUGUUCGGUACACGAAUUUCUUUAAUAAAUUGCCUGGUGACGCAUUAUGGAAGGGUGUUAUCAGUGUCAGCAAUGCGGGGCGGAGGAGAGGCAGAGCAAAAGGAAAGCAAAUGCCAAAGAACUUGAACAAAGGUCAAAUUAUCGGAAUUGGAAAAGCCAACAUAGUAUGGCCUGGGCUAACAAGCCCAGUCAUACGAGGUAGAGAACUCAUCCAGCAACAGAAACUUCCCGAAGACCCGGAACGGAUGGCAAACUUGGCGAGAAUGCGCGAUGAAAACACCGGCCGUCGAUCAUUCAAAAUUCAUUCACUUGAUCGGGGCUGGUCUGGAUCUAAAUUACCAGGAAGAAGCAUAGGGCCUCCUGAUCCCAGAGGCGAAGAAACUUUCGAGGGAUUUGACACAAUAUGCUUGGAAUCGAAGUCUGUUUUUAAUAUGAGCGCAAACAUGGGACGUAAGAGAAGAAUGAGUGUAUUUGUUGUAACGGGAAAUAAAAAUGGAUUAGCUGGUUUUGGGCUCGGCAAAGCUGUCGAAGGCAAAGCGGCUGUAAAAAAUGCCAAAAACCGUGCUGGUCAACGACUCUUACACGUGAACAUUUACAACAAUCAUACAGUGUAUCACGACUUUUUUACACAAUUUGGAAAAACGAAAAUAUUUGUGAAGAAACAACCGGAGGGUUAUGGACUGCGAUGCCAUAGAGCGAUCAAAAGUUGUUGCCAAAUGAUAGGGAUUAAAGACUUGUAUGCGAAAAUCGAAGGCUCUACUAAUCUGCAACACAUCGUCAAAGCAUUUUUCAUAGGGCUACUGCAACAGAAAACCCAUUCGCAAAUAGCAGAAGAAAAGAAGUUGCAUUUAGUUGAAAUCAGGAAAGAAAUGGCUGAAUUUCCUAUAGUCGUUGCCUCUCCACCAGUCGUCAGGAAACCUGAGGAAAUUGAUCGAGAUGAAAUUCUAGAUUACACUCAGUAUGUGAUGAAAAAUCGGGUGGUUCUUCAGAAAAAAAAGUUUCCUCCGUUUUACACUAAACACAGAUCGUGGGAAAUUUAUCUAAGGCGUCAAGAGUAUCACAGAAAUCAGGACAAAGUCAAAGUUCGAUUGCUGGCUAACUACGGUGAAUUGCGAAGUUUUUUAACUGAGAAAUAUCCUGAAGCAAGACCACGUCGAAGCGAAGACAAACCUAUUGUAAAUGCUGAUGCUUGAGAACGUUAGCGAUCAGCACAUUGUAUACUCGUAAUAUACCGAUAGUCUGUGAAAAAUAAUAUGUGUAAUGGUCAAUCUCAAUUCGAUAAUCGUAUACAGAUAUGUUAUUGACGUUGGCUUAUUAUUCGACGAUGAUAUCUUCAUAUGUACAAAAUCCAUUUAUUAUCAAUACUGUUAAUAGUUUACAAAUAUUCAAUAGAUUCGGUUUAUUUGUGUUGAUUAUCUACAAUUAAAUCGAUAACAC